ACACGCGAGGAUCACGCGUGUAUCGUUUCGGAAGUUUCGGAAAGUCGCAUACGCGGAUGUUGAAGGUCCUUCAGGAUCCUUCAGAAUCGCCCGAGGAUCCGUGCGACGUUUAGAAAGCGAUCGAGAGAGAAGUAAAUCUCUCUCGACCUUACUUGUGCUCGAGAUUAAAUCAUCCAGCUGGCUUCAAACACGUGUGCCACUUUAAAUAAGUUCGCGUUCGCUCAGUGUCAAACCCGUUCGAUGUUGUAUUUGUAAAAUUGUUGUAAUGGCGAUUAUGCGGGACACGAGAGGGCCGAUUUUUUUUGGCGCACGAAUUCAAUUUCUAUUCCUCUCGAUACAUAAAAUAUGUUAGUUGAAAAAAGAAUUGAUCUGGUGGAAGCCUCGAUAUUGUGCAUAUUUAUUCUAAAAAAUAUAGACCUAAUGUCAACAAAUUCGUCACGCGGGAUCAAAGGGAAUCUAAUUAUCGAGCAAUCGAAACUACAAUCGACGAGGGUGACGCGCUUGCUAUGUAAAUGGGAAAUCUAAUGAGAGGAUCCCUUCUCGCGAUAUUCUAAAGAGGGCGAGUAGAGGGAGAGAAAAUGCCGCGCUCGCGAACGGAGGUGUUCGAUCCGAUGAUGGAGGUGGAGAAACCGUCGCGGUGCAUCAGAUUUCUACGAUUGUUGUGGAAAUUCUGCAGAUGCGUCUUCUCCCACGUGACGCUCAUCUCCUUGGUGGUUGCUUAUUGUCUGAUCGGCGCGUAUGCCUUCGAGGCACUGGAGGCGGGUCACGAGAAGGAGGUGAAGAUGAGCAUCAGGAACGUACGUGGAAACGUCUCGGAGAAGCUAUGGGAAAUCACCAAGGAUUUCGAUGUGUUGAUUCGCGAGAAUUGGACGGAGCAGGCGUUGAACGAGCUCGAGGAGUUCGAGAAGAGUCUCAUACAGAAAAUGAAGGACGGAUGGGACGGCACCGAGGAAGAAAGCAGUAUACAGUGGACCUUCGCCGGUGCUCUGUUCUAUUCCAUCAUCGUAAUCACAACAAUCGGAUACGGUCACAUCGCGCCAAAAACGAAGAAUGGAAAAGUGGUGACUAUUUUUUACGCCAUCCUCGGCAUUCCUCUCAUGUUGCUCUGCCUGUCGAAUAUCGGAGAUGUAAUGGCGACCAGUUUUAGGUUUCUAUAUUGGAAAGUGUGUUGCUACGUGUGCACAAAACCACCGAAAAAACGACGAGGGCGUAACACCUUUGUCAGAUCGUACUCCGUUCGUCAACCAGGGCGAUACGGAUCGAGCAAAGGCCCGUUUCGCCGAUCCAUCAGAGUGAGUCAACGAUCAGCUGACUCGGCCUUGGGGCUUUCCGAGAGUAUGACGAAGUCUUCGUAUUCUGACACCGAUUGCAGAUAUAUGCAACGACGAUUCGAAGGAUCCGAGCCGAAUCAACCGAUGGAAGCUAAAGCCGCGACUAUGUCGCGUUAUUCGGAUAUUCCGGUGGCCACUCCGAAAAGUGUAAGAGCCAGCCCCAGGAUGACGACGCAAUCGUUGGACAGAAAAUUGCUAAUGAGUCCGAACGACGCUGACCGCUCGCCGGUUUUGUGCAACAAAUACGCGUUGGAUGAUUUGGAGGACGAGAUGCUGAGAUGGCAGCCUCCGCCUCAAACUAGAGUCGAGAACUCGGAAAGGCCGCGAAGCAACGGAACGACCGAGGAAGCGGAUACCGGCGAAAAGCAAACUUCCUUCAAUCCCAGAUCCCUGCCUCGGCGAUGUCUCUCCGUGGAGGGCGCCACGACGAAUAAUCACGAGGCGAGUUUGACGUCGGGGUUGCGACCGCCUUCGGUCUAUUUGGAGAUGGAACAUAUGAGAAGAUCGCAAUCCGUCAAGGGUAGUAAUAGACGCAGCAGGAGCAAUUAUUCCGUCGCGCGCUCUAUGAAACGGGGACCACCGUCGCCGAGGAUUAUGUCGCCGAUGGGAUUCGCCGUGCACCGACAGGUUUAUGCUGACGAUAUCGAUUUUGACUACGAGUACUACACCGUCGCGGAUGACCACGAGAGACAGCCGACCAAACCUGUGCCCAUCUGGCUGUGCGUCUUUCUGGUUGUCAGCUACAUUUUAGGCGGAGCUUAUCUCUUCAGCCAGUGGGAAAGUUGGCCGUUCCUCGACUCGGCUUACUUCUGCUUUAUCACCUUAACCACCAUCGGUUUCGGCGACUUUGUGCCAGCCUACAAGCUGGACGCGCAGAAGGGCAUUGCCCUUUGUUCACUCUACCUGCUGUUUGGCAUUGCCUUGCUCGCGAUGAGCUUUAAUCUGGUGCAGGAGGAGGUCAUCAACAACGUGAAGAGCGUUGCGAAGAGGCUGGGUAUCAUCAAAGAGACCGACGACGAGGCGGAAGCCGAGGACUACGACGAAUACGACGCGGAAUACGACGAAGAGGUCUAUGAAAACGAGCCCAAACUGUGACUCGCACGCUUUUCCAAGCUUACCAGUACGACGAGGGAUCUCUCUCUUUCUCCCGACUCACAUGCAGGAUCGACAUUCAAGUCAGCUUCGCGACACACGAGCAGAUUCCCACGGAUCGAAUAAUCUGUUUUUUGCACAAGCUGUUGCAAAAAAUUAUCACAAGCGAGUUAAAUUGGAUUCAAUUUUGCCGACUUGUCGAUUGAAACCAUUGGAUGAACGGAUCGACGUGGACGAGAAAAUUAACGGUUAUUGUGGACUGAAAUUAAAAUAUGGGGAAUAUAUAUUUUAUUAGACGUUUACAUCAUCUCGUAAAAUCAUCGAAAAACGAUACAUGUUAAUUUUAUCGCUGGAGCUUCGCGAUGCAUCGAGUUCGAUUUUUCGAAAGAUCUCAAUAACCAUUUCUUUUUUUACAGAUGCGCAAACUGUGGAUGUAUCGUGAGAAAAUUUGAAUUCCUUACAGCUAUAAGGAAUUUCUGGUUUUUUGUCGCCAAUUUUGAUACUAUUAAGAUACAAUUAUACUAUAAUUGUAUCAAUGGAACAAUAGCAGGGAAGAACCACAUCUUGCGAACGUCGCGAGGAAAAUACCACUAUAUAUAUAUAUAUGUAUAUAUAUAUAAUAUACAUAUAUAUAUAUAUAUAUAUACAAUAUAUAUACAAAUCUGAGAAUUAGUUUCUACAAAAUGAAUAGGAGAACAAUCGUGGAAUGCAAUUAAAUUUGCAUAUACAUUACACGGUGGUAGCUUUAAUGUCGAAUAUUUGCAUUUUGAAUAUUUUCCUUUCAAAUUUCAUUAUAUUCUCCUUCGCAGUGAGAUAUUGCUAUUAAAUAUAAUUGUGUAAGUAU